AUGCCGCCUUCAGAUCGCUCGAUACUAGAGCGAAGAUUGAGGAAGUAUGUCCCUCUAAAUGGGGAGGACCCGACCGAACAAGGGGGUAUACGACAUUUCCUGCAGAGCUUUUUUACUGUUCUACCCGACGAUGGCAAAAAGAAUCUGGCGGACAAUAUUGCUAGGUGCAAUACCGACGCAGAGCUUCGACAGCAAGUAGACUCCAUUCGGACUGGGUUGUUGUACCCCCUCAGGGCUCUCGGGGGUAAAACCCCAUCGGAAAUCACACCCGCUCCACGUGCGGGUGUGGAAGACUCGAUUGAAGAGCUCCGGAGCUUGAAUGUGAGACCAAUUACGCGAGGCCCACAGGCCCAACUUCGUGACCACUGCCUAGAACGAGAUGGAUACCGAUGUGUUGUGACUGGUCAGUACAGUUCUAAACACAGACAUCCCCCAAAUUCAAUCACCACCAUCUUGCAAGCAGCUCACAUUAUACCAUUUGCACUUGGGUCCUUCAAUGUUGAUAACUCCGAGCCAAUAAACCGAAAUGCCAUAAUUUGGGUAAACUUGCGGCGAUAUUUCCCAGUUCUUCGUGCCAUGGCAGCAGACCAGCAAAUCAUUAAUCACGAAAGCAAUGUUUUAAUGCUUGAUCCGGUCACUCAUUUAGAGUUCGGGCAAUUUCAUAUCAUUCUUGAAGCUACAUCAGUGACCCAUCAAUAUCAUGUGAAGGCCUUCCCAAAUGCCGCAACAAAUCCCCUUACCUAUCUGUCAAAUGAUAGGUUAAUCAAAUUCAAAAACCAUGCCGGUCACUGGUCGCUUCCUGACCCUGCUCUCAUCCAAGUCCACGCAAGCAUUGGCAAUUUCCUACAUAUGGUCGGAAUGGCGGAGCUACUCGAUAAAAUUGUGGAUGACUAUGAUGACUGUGGAGGUUUGAAUCCUAACGGAAGUACGAAUAUCGCUGAUAUGCUCGCGUUGAAAGGUCUGUCACGUCGUGUUCCAAAUUCCCUGAAGCCGGCAUUCAGGAAAUCAUCAGAGGAAAUGUUGAAGAAAGACCUUGAAGGCAAAGAACAUAAGAAUUAUCCGCGGACCACCUCUCCUGGAGAGAAUAAUCAGCCUAACUACUAG